CCAUGCCGGCAGGCACGGCGCCGGGGCUGGUUGUGCUGCGGACUGCCGCGACCGGGCGGGACAGCGGCGGCCCCCACCGAUAUACAGGGCAGUGCAGCCACAUCUUCCCUCCCCAGCUCGGCACGCUAAACAUCCUUCAUGGCAACGGCACGGCUGUGGGGACCGUAAUAACGUUCCAGUGCUCUGCUGAGUACCAGCUGGAGGGACCUGGCUUCAUCACCUGUAUUUGGAAAGGGAAUGGUACCCAGUGGACAGCUGGAGUGCCCUCCUGCCAGCCCGUAUCAAAAUAUGAGAGUUUUGGAUUUAAGGUUGCAGUGAUUGCCUCCAUCGUGAGCUGUGCCAUCAUUCUGCUGAUGUCCAUGGCUUUUUUAACUUGUUGUCUUAUCAAGUAUGUGAAGAAAAGUGAAAGGAGGAAGACUCAAAGAGAUAUGCAGCUGUGGUACCAGCUCAGAGCCGAAGAACUAGAGCACAUGCAAGCUGCUUACUAUGGGUUUAAGGGAAGAAACAAUAACAACAAUAAGAAACUCAGGAAUAAAUCUGUAUUCGAUGAUGUGGCUAAAAUGGCAUAUGAUAAUCAAGGCUUCUACAGGUUCCAGGAGGAGUGGACUCGGGACAUCAUAGCUCCUGGGUGUGGCAAAGACAGCAAUCAUCCACCUAAGUUGACCAAGAGCAGUAGUACACUGAUGAAACAGGCUAUAUUAGGACACAACACUCCAGUACAGACAGUGAACUCAAUACUUCUCAUUGAAGUCCAUGGAUAUAAGGACAGUUUUAAAAAACGGAGCUGUCAGAUACCUGCUGCUGUCUGAUACACAACUGCUCCUUUGCACCCAAAUGAAAUUUGGAUAGAAAUAUGUGCCUUAAAGACAGCAUAGAGAGUGAAUUAUUCAUAUGAAUUUGAAAGUUUUCUAUAUUCCAAGAUGGUUAUUUAAUAGAAAUGCUUCAAGUUAUGAUAAAAAUGAAAAGAAUGAAUGUUGAGGCUGACAGUCCAUUCUCUAUGGUGUGCUGUCUUGUGACCAUGGCAAAACUGAAAUCUUCUGUACAUCCAGAGGGAAAUGGUAGUCAGUUUGUAUAUUUGCCUCAUACAAAGUUACUGAUAAUAAUUACACAUCUGUAAGAUUGCAAUCUUCUUUUAACCA